GUGUCUGCCCACCCUGCAGUAGACCUGGGUUCCCUCCGCUCUCCUGUCUUGUAUCCCACUACUUCAAGCUUCCUCCUCUUCCUCCCUACAAACAGUUUCACACCAUCUCAACCAACAACAAUCGAUCUACAUAUCAACAUGUUUAUCCAUCUCGGCAUUCUUGCUGCCGUCUCGAUCAUGGUUGCCUCCGCUUCGGCCGCUCCUAUCGAUUCGGCGGCUGCCUCCGGCUCUGUCGGCACCGUCGUUCCGGUGUACCUCCCCACCUCCUUCGAGAGCCCUCACCAGGCUCCCGUGAGCCACGACAAAAUAUUCCUCUCUUCUCCCGCCACCCCCAACCCGCUCGAUAAGACGCGCACUGGCAUCCCCAGCACCGGAUCCAGGUGCGCAGAUCAUCGGCUCGGUCCUAUGCGAGACCUCGCUGGCCUCGCCCUUGUUCUUCGAGAUUAACGUACAGCGGAAGCUGACCAUCUCUUGUGGCUCGUCCGGGCUUCACAAAUAUUCAGGCUGCAUUUGAGGAGGUGCUUUCCAAGUGGUUCAUCUGACAGAUGGCGAAAAUCGACUCGAGUUGUGUAUUGUCGCGAGUGAUCCUCCAUGUCGUCGGCACUACGCUCCAUCGCCAGACGACGACUGCGAAAGCCUGGGGGCGAUGUCCAAAGAGGCAGUUCUGCACGUUCUUGCGG